GCAACAUGUCUGUUGUACUAAAAGGAACCAGCGGAUCCGCUCGGCAACUGCAUCCCUCAUCAAGUAGAUGACGAGACGUUCCCACACUAGCUUGUCACUUCCUCAUGGCUUCCAAUCCUACCUCGACUGCUCCAGUCAAGCGAGCCUGCGACAGCUGCCACCGAAGAAAGGUCAAGUGCAUCGGCGAAGGCACCGCUCCAUGCAAGAACUGUGUCUCGGCUGGCCUUGCAUGCACCUACAAUGCCAUUCCCCAAAAGAAAGGCCCCAAGGGCAGUCGCGCCAAAGUCCUGUCUGAACUCCGCGAGACGCAGCGCAACGCCCAGCUGGCCGCUGGCUUCCCAACCGACCUCGGCUUCGAUGGACGCUCACUGCCCGCCACCUUUGCCCGUACACAAGGCCUGCUGCCCCCCGCUCUAGUCGAGAGCUGCAUAGAAUACUUCUUCAACCAUGUCUACCCCUCGGAGCCCGUCCUGCACCGCCAACGGGCCCAGGAAGCCGCCGUUGGUAUGGACCGCUCGACAGAAUCCUACUGCAUGAUAGUCGCACUGUGCGCAUACGUCAUGAUUCAGGCAAACCACAAGCCACCCGUCAGCGUACUGCCUCGUCCCGAGAUGGCUCACAUGUCAAAUGUCGGCGUUGGCCACAUAUUGCUGGAAGAGUCGGUGCGCGUGCGCCAAGGUUACGACCACCGCGAGAACCCCACCCACAUGAGCGUCCUCACAUCGUGGUUUUACAGCGGCUGCUACUUUGGAUUGGCGCGGGAGAACACAGCAUGGACAUAUCUUCGAGAGGCUACAACACAGGCCCAGCUGCUGGGCAUGCAUGACGAGGAAACAUACAAGCACGAUCCCUUGGACGUGUCACGAAAGCGCGUCCUAUACUGGCUCUUGUUCAUCGCUGAACGGACCUAUGCUCUACACAAACAUCGCCCCAUCACAUUACACCCUACCAUACAUCCUCCUUCAUUAGACGAAGUCCCGACCGACCGACCAAUUGCCGUUGGACUCGAACUCAUGAUCAACAUGUUCAAAAUCAUCGACGACACCUUCAUCAACAUCUGGAAUCGAGUGCACAACACACAUGUCAGCGCUGCAUGGAUAACACAGGUUCAGACGCAACUUUCCGAAGCGGUGCCCGCAUAUUUCGAAUGCAGCGAAGCGCAGGAAGUGCAAAUCCGCAUUACUCAACAGUGGCUCAGAUCCCAGACCUGGCAGCUUAGUGUCUGUCAAGGGCUGGUGAGCAGCGUGUCGAAUGACAUGCCGCUUACGUUCAAGUACCCGAUCGAGAUUGCCCGGGAUCUCCUUACCAUCUCGCACCAAUUCUCGCAACAAUCCAUGGAAAUCCACGGCGUAGGUUUGAUCGAGAAAUUAUUCGACAUAGCCUGCUGUCUGACGGAUGUGGUGGCUUGCACAUCUUUCUCACCAGACGCGUUUGCGUUGGGGCCUCGCGACUACGUGUCACGGUUUUUGACCCUCAUCUCAACACUGCGUGGGGGGCAAUCUCGAUACCUUCCACUCCUCCUCGCCAAACUCUCAGAAGUCCUCCCCAACUUACCGCUUCCCCGAUCCCUCAACCUCCCCCAGACGGUUCCCGCAUCGACGCUCGGCCUUAAUGCUACUGGCUCGGGCACCCUUCCCUCCAACGUCGCCGAAGACUUCUCGGCAAGUCCCGCCUCAUCUUCACCCUCGUACCAUUCAAACGACCUGAUUCGUCGGCUGGCCGCCCAAACUGGUGCCCAACUCCCCUUCAACACGACUCAGCAAUCCAUGAUCCCAGCCCCCACGACCCACGUCGGUGAUCUGUCUCUGUACGACUCUUCACAUAGCACGUCACACUCGACUAGCACUGCCAACAGAAGCACCUCGACGACACCUGGUCCAUACGAAGCGCCCAUGUCACAGCCACGGUCGCAAAUUGUUGGACACAACGCCAUGCAGAUUCCCACAUCGCAUAGCCAUAUGCAAACCCACCAGAUGGGCGUUAAUGCGACAGGAUACGAUCCCAGGUUCUCUAUGCAGAACUACCCUGUCGAUCCCAUGAUGUACAAGCAAUAGAAUUUGGACUUCAAGAGCCAGAGCAUGAAGUUCAUUUGCAGAUAUUUUCCUAGUUGGAGGCCACAGGCCCAUGUAUAUUUGGUAGUAGGGU